AGAAGGCCUUCGCGUUCAGGCAGCUGAAAUGACGACGACGGCAGCAAUCUCUCGCCUUCCUUGCAUCGAGUACGAAGCCUCUACGCCUGAGUCUCCUCUGCGGCAGCUUCAGAAGUGAGUGUGUCUGUGGCUCCUGUAAGAGCGCCUGGAACGCGUGCUUCUAUUCUUGCCAGUAGGCGUUCAUCUCGACUCGCUAGUCUCAUGAGCGACUAGGAGGACUAGAGCCGCAUGACUUCGCCGGCGGGCUCGAGCAAGGGCGUCAAUGCAGGAGCUCUGGUUAGGCUCAACACAGGCGCAAGUGCGUCUGUUCCAACAGGCAAAUUGGGCCUGGACCAAGAAACCUUGACACUCGAGGAAGCGCUGAGCAGACUCGAAAUUGAGAAUCGCCUCAAGGAAGGGGCCGAGAACCUGUUGCAGGUGCUCGAUACACGCGUGAAGGAGCGGCCUAGGGAAGCGCGUGAUGCUCGACGCCUGCAGGUCAUGGAAGAGCUCGAUCAAACCAACAACGCCAUACAGGCGCUCAAGACGCGUAUACACGAGCUGAGUGCACUAAGUCCGUUGUCUGACAAGAUCUACAAGCGGCAGCGUAGCGAUGACGCGGUGUCCACGAGACCCAAGCUAGCUACGAUACGGUCUUACAGUGCAUCUGCCUUUCCUGGCCAAGAAAAAUCGAGUUCCCCUCUACAUUCAGUGAAUACAAUUGUGGAAGAAUUACUCGAUGCUACUUCUCCUUCUUCACACAUAAUCUCGCGCUGUAAUGCGCUCAUUUCACUGCUGAAACGCGACAAGGAGCUUGCCAAAGACAUUCCAGUCGUUGUUCCCAAAGUCUGUGUCCCUCGCUUUUGCUCAGUGGGCAACCCAUUCCUCGCUGCAGCAGGCUAUAGGCUGGCAAGGUACAUCCUUGCGUUGUCCAGUGCUCCUAAUCACACCUUCCUGAAUUCUGCGCUGGAACGCUGUCUGCUGACCUCGCUCGCCAAGGAAGAUCACCAUACUCUUGAACGUGAGCAGGCGUUGACGCUGGUUCGCACAUUGCUUUUGACCGGCGAGGCGCUACCGCUCAGAUUCUCAGGUCUCGUCCGAGCCGUCAUUUCCAUUUCGGAAGCUGAAGAUCGCUUAUCCUCACUGGCGACUGAGACAUUGACAGAAUUGCUCAUUUGGGCACCGGGGAUUAUGCAACAGACCGGAGGCAUCUCAUCACUGCUGCGAUCGCUUGUCGAUGGACCGCUGGCUCUGUGCGACGAAAUCAUCAUGGCAUUCAUGCUGCAUUUGGACCGGCCAGAUCAUCGGCGCUUUAUCAAAGAAAGUGAUUUGGAAGUUGUCUACAGCUGCUUCACCGAACACUGCAAAGAAGCUCUGUUCAGCGAAGACGCCCUUCUUUCCGCAACAGCCGUUUUGCUGCGGAUGUUCAACACAUGGCCCGGCCUAGUGGCCACAAGUGCACACAAUUUCCGUGGCUUAGCAAGUGUCUUGGAAGCAUUGCGUGUCCCGUCAAAUAGCAUUCGCGAUGUCAUCCUGGAAUUUCUCUUCAGUGUGCUCUCUAUUCCAGUCAAUAAUCUGACCACAACGUUCUUGGCAGGCAGGCGUCUGACAACAAUGGGCCGCAUCCCCAUCUCCGCCAAGGGCUCUUCGGGCGAUGCCUCGUCAACGACUGGCAAGGUUAAUCGGGGUGCAAAUCUGCUCAAUCAAUUUUCUGCCCUAAAGCUGCAUCUAUUCUUGCAAUUGGGAGUCCUCGAUUCUCUUAUGGUUGUGGUUGAAGAUCUGAAUGACGUGCAAUCGUCUCGCAAAGCUACGCUGCUUAUUGGUGAAAUAUUGCAACUGGCAAAUGUGCUAUUGCCCCUGUCUGUCAGCAGAGACCUUCAGUCUCUUAGCAGAUUAUUUUCAACUGCCACCAGCUUCAGCAAUGAUGGAAGGCUGCUGGCCACCUCUGCGUUGUACCAGAUUGAAUCCAUCAAUCGUACACGCAAUAAGACUUCUGUCGCAAAGAUUGUCAAUUCGGCAGAUGCGAGCAGCACGAAACGAGGUCAGCGACAGGUCGAACAGGUCAAGAUUAAAAUGGGUCUGCAAAUCGAUGACACCCACUUUCGCAAUUUGCUGCUCGACACGCAGGUGUUGAACACGAAGAACUACACCAAGUGGCAUUGGGAUACAUUGACGGAGCUCGUUCAAGGUCCCCUUCUCAAUCCCAAGAGGCUUGAAGAAAGUAUACGGGCAACCAAGUUUAUGAAACGCCUUCUAGCCUUUUACCGGCCAUUUACGCAUCGCUUUUCAGCGAUCAAGAACACAAAACCGAACCAAAAGUAUGUGAGGUUUGGCUGCUUGCUGCUUGCAACGCUGCUCGCCAAUCCUGAAGGCUUCAAGUAUCUGAUGGAAUCCAAGUUGCUUCGUCAGCUCUCAGAAUGCCUCGCACAGCUAGACCCUAUGAAUCAGGUGCCUGCGGCAGAGGCGCUUUUCUCCGAGGCCAGGUUGAAGGAGACGCUGUGUCAUGGCUACUUUGAGAUGAUUGGUACGCUUACUGCCCAUCCGCAGGGUAUUGCUAUGCUUGAACGUUGGCGCAUCUUCACCAGCCUAUAUCAUCUGACGGAGCUGAGAUCUCGGAGCGAUUUGCUUAUAAGCCUUUUGCCGCACAUGGACUAUUCGUACGAGGGACAUCCACGCAUCAUCCUGAGCAAAGCAUUGAUGUCUGGCGCCAAAGAGGUCCGUCUUGAGGCCAGUCUCUUGCUUGGGAAAUUGACGGAGGAGUUUGACGAUAAAACAAGCAAAGUGGCGGAUUGGGCGUUGCGGUUAUUGACCACGCAAUUGUACGAUCCAUCAACGCAGGUUUGUGAAGUCGCUGUGCGUGUUUUGGAGACAGCUUGCAAUUCCAAACACCAUCUGGAGCACGUCGUGCAACUGAGACCAGCUCUGGAACACCUGGGUCAGAUUGGAGCCCCUCUCUUAUUACGGUUUUUGGCUACCAGCGUUGGAUUUCAUUACCUUCAGGAACUGAGCUACGUGGGCCGAGAGAUGGACGACUGGCAUCACGGCGGGAAUGAUGAGUACGUCACCUUGAUCGAGUCAGUCUUACUCUUGACCGAAGCGCCUGACUUGGUCUCUGUCAAGCCCUCAUUCGAUGGCCGCAUACCGGCGCAUUUCUACGGCGAGUUGGCCAAGACAGCCGAGGGCUGCGACUUGCUCGUGACAAAAGGUCACUUUCACCACUACGUUGACAGACUCAGACGACAAGAUGCUGACUCAUCAGCCGAAGAGGUGCACCAUAUGAAGGCGGCGCUUUGGGCCAUCGGAAACAUUGGCGCGACCGAGCGUGGUGCUCCGUUUCUGGACAAUUCGCAAGUGGUACAUUUCAUCGUUCGGAUUGCCGAGCAGUCCCCAUUUCUUGGACUGCGCGGCACAGCUUACCUCGUCCUUGGGCUGAUUAGCAACACCACUGUCGGUGUUCGACUUUUGGAAAAGUCUGGGUGGCAAGGAACGGUAACGCGAAUGGGCAAUCCGACGGGUGUUUGUGUCCCUCAGACGGCGCGCAGUGUUCUCGAGUUAUCGAGCUGGUCCUCUGUGAACGUCAAAAGCGUAGAGAAUGAUGGCGGCGAUAUUGGUCUCGAUUCUUUGGAAGGCACGCAGCGAGAUAUUGCCAAUGCACUGUGCAAUUUGAGCAAUCACAUCUUGGCCAAUGACGCCGCUCGACAGCUUGUUCGAUUGAGACAGCGGCAUGCGGACGCCUUCUUCACGAAGAAAAUGCUCGACCUGACGUUUGAUUUGCUCUCUCGGUAUCAGCAUCGCCAAGGGGUGCGAAGAUUCAUGAUUCACUUAUUUCAACCUGAAAAUCUAGCAGACCUGGCGUCUGCCGAUGAGUCUUCCACAGAAAAGAGCGUGCAGCUUGGGCGGGCGAGUUCCACCGAGGCCUCUGGCAGCUUGCAUUCUCAAAGUCUGCGCACGCUUGAGCGCCGCCGAUCGGGCCUUCUUGAUGCGAGCAGCAAUGCGGGCGAUGUUCUUGCGCAGCGGAGGAAGCUCUUCAAUGCGCCCCUUGUGCGGAGUCGGCGUUCACAGACCAUAGAGUGAGUUAGUGAGUGGAUCCAUCUGACAUGUG